AGUGUGUCAAGCACAAUUUAGCAAUGGCACAUGGGAGUUGAGGUAAUUCGUAGGCAAUGCUGACGUGUAUCGUAAACAAACUGAAGGGAACAACAUAGGGUUUAAAAUCAAGAAAAUCCUGUCUACCUGUAUACUUUGACUCUAAUCAUCUCUCUUCACAGGUGAUCAUUUGUCUGCACAAUUGUAGUGUUUUUUUUCUCCAAACUGUCCUGUAUUUGUGUUCAAAAUAUGUUGCAAAUGAACUACUAUCUGAACUGACUUUAUUUGUCUUCUUCAUAAAAAAUAGCUGAUAAAUGUUUAUUCAUAAAGCAAUGGUGAAUGCCUCCCAGUCAUAUUCAAACAUCACAGAAGAUGUGCAGAAUGUGGCUUUACUGCGGACAAUAAUUUUUUCCACCAUGUCUACAGUUCCAUCUGUAUUUUUUCUCUUCAUUAAUGGUACCAUGUUGGUCUCUCUAAGAAGUAAGCCUGUGUUUCGUGAGACCAGUCGUUAUAUUCUGCUGUUCAAUCUCCUUUUUGCAGACACUGUUCAGUUGACACAGUGUCAGGUUCAGUUUUUAAUUUCUGUUUGUAGAGUCAAAUUGGCAUAUUCUCUCUGUACUGCUCUCAGCAUGCUUGCUAAUCUCACCACUGGGAUUUCCCCUCUCACACUGGUAAUAAUGCCUUUGGAAAGAUAUGUAGCUGUGUGCUACCCACUAAGGCAUGCUUCCAUCAUCACCAUCAGAAGCACUACAGUGGCUAUUAUUGUCAUUUGGGCUGUCAGUUCCCUGAACAAUGUCACUCGUGUUUUGUUGUUUUUACAGUUUCCAUUUGAAAAGGUGGAAAGUUUGCAGAUUAGAGACCUUUGUUCUAACAUAGCUUUAGUGCUUGGGUCUCUGACUGAUGAGUAUGAUAGAGCUUUUACAUGUAUUCUUUUUGCAUUGGCUAGUAUAGCUGCCACGUUCUCCUAUGUUGGUGUCAUUGUAGCUGCUAGGUCAGCCUCCACUGAUAGAGCUUUAGCUCAAAAAGCUCGCCAUACACUUCUGUUGCAUCUCGUGCAGCUGGGUCUCAGCCUGUCCUCAACAAUUCACAACCCACUGAUCAUAACUCUUUCCAGAGUUUUAACAAGGGUGGUAUUUUUGUGGGUCCAGAAUAUUUUUUAUGUCUGUUUUAUAAUUUUCCCUAGAUGCCUGAGUUCUCUCAUUUAUGGGCUGAGAGAUCAGACCAUCAGACCUGUUCUUAUGUACCAUCUAUGUUGUCGAACGAAAGUUAAAAUUAGUGGCUGACUGUUUUCUACAUCUUUAGUGUCUCACAUAAGUAUAACUGAUGAUUACAAAAUAAAAUGUAGUAAAUAUCAUUACUAAAGUCACUUGUACGCUGUUUUCCUUGAUAUAAGAUAUUUUAUAUUCAUUGGUUUUUAAAAAUGCCAUUUAUAUUUUUUAUGAAUUAAAAUGAAGGUUAA